CUGCCCUUCCCACCCCACCAAAUCCCCAAUCCGACCCCGACCUCGCCGGGGCCCCCGUCUCCUCCGCGCCGCCACCGUGGUCGUGCCCUCCCCGGCGCGCCCCUAGCUUCGCUCGCCUCCAGCUGACAACCCAACAGAGCGUGCGGCAAAAUGGAGAUACAGACGUCCGGGAGGCCCAUCGAGGUGCUCAUGGAGAAGGUGCUGUCCAUGAACAUCACCUCCUCGGACUACUUCAAGGAGCUCUACAAGAUCAAGACCUACCACGAGGUCAUCGACGAGAUCUACCACCAGGUCGACCACGUCGAGCCGUGGAUGACGGGAAACUGCCGCGGCCCGUCCACCGCCUUCUGCCUACUCUACAAGCUAUUCACCAUGAAGCUCACCAUGAACCAGAUGCACGGGCUGCUCAAGCACCCCGAUUCCCCCUACAUCAGAGCUAUUGGGUUUCUCUACUUGCGCUACGCUGCGGACCCAAAGACCUUAUGGACCUGGUAUGAGCCUUACAUUGAGGAUGACGAGGAGUUCUCCCCUGGAUCCAAUGGCAAAAUGACAACUAUGGGCGUUUAUGUGCGCGAUGUCAUCCUUGGUCAGUACUACUUCGACAGUCUUCUUCCACGAGUGCCUCUCCUAAUUUUGCGACAGGUCACUGCCCAUCUCGAGAAGAUGAAGCUCCCAACAAAACAGUCAGGGAUCACUGGGGAUUCUAGUCGCCUUGGUUCAGAUGAUACUGCCCGGAGGCCACCUUCGGUAAAGGCUUCUUUGUCUGUCUCUUUUGGUCAGCGUGCUCCGCACCGUGCUUCCACAAGGGGCUCAUCCCCAGUCCGAAAGACAUUGCCUUCUAUACGGGAAAGGGAAAGGAGCCAUGACGGUGACCAUGCAAAAUCUCCACCCAGGAAGCACCGUAGUCAAAGCCGUGAGCUUAGCCGUGACAUUGAGAGGGACCGUUCCGAUCGUGACCGUGAUCAUGGCAGGUACAAGGAUAGGGAGCAUGGUCGGCGGAGCCGUGAUGACAGGGACCGUGAUUACCGCCGCUCGAGCUAUUCAGAAAGGGAUGUGGACAGGCGAGGCCGUGACAGGAGGGACAGGGACUCUGAUCGAAAUGGACGUUCGAGCUCCCGUAGAAGCAGAAGCAGGAGCAGGAGUCCAAGCCGUGGCAGAACCAACGGUGACAGCCAUUGCUCAAGCCCAUUUGGUAAAGCACCAGAGUCAUCCAACUUGGCAAAGCUGAAGGAUCUAUAUGGCGAUGCGACAAAUGCAAAGGACGAUGCCAGUGACACUAGAGCUCACAGGGAUUCUGGAGCUGAAGAGGUGAUCAGAUUGGGAGGUGCCAGGUGGAGGUGAGUCUCAAAUACCAAAAUCCAGGAGAUUCUAUUGUUGCUGUACUAACAUUGCUAUAUGCUGCCAGAAAUGUGCAACACAUGAGGGGAUUCUACUCCCCUGAGCUGCCAUUCCUAGGGAAAUGUCUGUGACCUUUAGCUUGUGCAAGGCAAAACAUGUUAGGCAGCUAAGCAACGUAGUCUUGAUUCAGAGAAACAUUUCGCUUUGGAUAGACAAGUUUUGUAUCUGUUAUGCUGUAUGCAUUGUGAGCUCAAACCGUUGCGCAUAUGUUGGUGCUUUGUUGUUUUGAAUGAGACUGAAAGGAUUUGGCUCA